CAUUUUUCAGGGGAAUUGUCAUCAAAUUUUCAGCAGUACCUUUUUGGUUUUCCAUCUGUUCAAAAUGCCAGUUUACUAGUAUAAGAAAUCUAGAUUGCUCCAAGUAGUUCCUAUUCCCCCAUGUGCCUAGCUCUGAAUGAUAGAUAACCUAUUGAGGACCCACUAGGUGCCAGGCAUGCUUUACAUACCUUAUCUUAUUGAAGUCUUUACAACUUUGAGUCAGAUGCUCUUUUUCCCAUUUCAUAGAAAGGACUCUCUCUCUCAGGUUUGUUAGUUGUCUUUGUGGCCCUAGUUUGAAGAUGACAAGAUCAGAGUACCAAUACAGGUCUUUCCAAAUCCAAAAUGUAUGUUAUAUUAUGUCCUAGGGACACAGUGACAAAUACUCAGACAGCCCCUCCUUCCCUUGAAGGUUAAUGAGAGAAAAGUAGUAAGCAGACAGUAACAAUGUAUCAGCAUUUAGGUGGGGCAUCUAAUCCAGUUUGGGAGAGUUGAACAAUAGGGGACAAAGAAGCGUUUUUGAAAGAGGUGACCUCUAAGGUGAAUUCUGAAGAACAAGCAGAGGUUAACUAAGUAACAAGGAAAGAGCAAUGUGUCCAAAGAAGAUAAAAGGCAGAAUACCACUGGCCUUGCUGGGUUAGGGAGCAGAAUGAUGUUUGUGGAUUCUUCUGUGGGAUCAGAGGGCACGCCUAUUGUAAUCAGAAAACUCCAAGUAUAGCAGCAGGGAUGGAUGAACAGGCUCUUUUAGGGCUAAAUCCAAAUGCUGAUUCAGACUUCAGACAAAGGGCCCUGGCCUAUUUUGAGCAGUUAAAGAUUUCCCCAGAUGCCUGGCAGGUGUGUGCAGAAGCUCUGGCACAGAGGACGUACAGUGAUGAUCACAUUAAGUUUUUCUGCUUUCAAGUACUAGAACAUCAAGUUAAAUACAAAUAUUCAGAACUAACUACUGUUCAACAACAACUGAUUAGGGAGACACUCAUAUCUUGGCUUCAAGCUCAGAUGCUGAAUCCCCAACCAGAGAAGACCUUUAUACGAAAUAAAGCAGCCCAAGUCUUCGCCUUGCUUUUUGUUACAGAAUAUCUCACUAAAUGGCCCAAGUUUUUUUUUGACAUUCUCUCAGUAGUGGACCUAAAUCCAAGAGGAGUAGAUCUGUACCUCCGAAUUCUCAUGGCUAUUGAUUCAGAGUUGGUGGAUCGUGAUGUGGUGCAUACAUCAGAGGAGGCUCGUAGGAAUACUCUCAUAAAAGAUACCAUGAGGGAACAGUGCAUUCCAAACUUGGUGGAAUCAUGGUACCAAAUCCUACAAAACUAUCAGUAUACUAAUUCAGAAGUAACAUGUCAGUGCCUUGAAGUAGUUGGGGCUUAUGUCUCUUGGAUAGACUUAUCCCUUAUAGCCAAUGAUAGGUUUAUAAAUAUGCUGCUAGGACAUAUGUCAAUAGAAGUUCUACGGGAAGAAGCAUGUGAUUGUUUAUUUGAAAUUGUAAAUAAAGGAAUGGAUCCUGUUGAUAAAAUGAAACUAGUAGAAUCUUUGUGUCAAGUAUUACAGUCUGCUGGGUUUUUCAGCAUUGACCAGGAAGAAGAUGUUGACUUCCUGGCCAGAUUUUCUAAACUGGUAAAUGGAAUGGGACAGUCAUUGAUAGUUAGCUGGACUAAAUUAAUUAAGAAUGGGGAUAUCAAGAAUGCUCAAGAGGCUCUACAAGCUAUUGAAACAAAAGUGGCACUGAUGUUGCAGCUCCUAAUUCAUGAGGAUGAUGACAUCUCUUCUAACAUUAUUGGGUUUUGUUAUGAUUAUCUUCAUAUUUUGAAACAGCUUACAGUGCUCUCUGAUCAGCAAAAAGCUAAUGUAGAGGCAAUCAUGUUGGCCGUUAUGAAAAAAUUAACCUAUGAUGAAGAAUAUAACUUUGAAAAUGAGGGUGAAGACGAAGCCAUGUUUGUAGAAUACAGAAAACAACUGAAGUUAUUGUUGGACAGGCUUGCUCAAGUUUCACCAGAGUUACUGCUGGCUUCUGUUCGCAGAGUUUUUAGUUCUACCCUGCAGAAUUGGCAGACUACAAGGUUUAUGGAAGUUGAAGUGGCAAUAAGAUUGCUGUAUAUGUUGGCAGAAGCUCUUCCAGUAUCUCAUGGUGCUCACUUCUCAGGUGAUGUUUCAAAAGCUAGUGCUUUGCAGGAUAUGAUGCGAACUUUGGUAACAUCAGGAGUUAGUUCCUACCAGCACACAUCUGUGACAUUGGAGUUCUUCGAAACUGUUGUUAGAUAUGAAAAGUUUUUCACAGUUGAACCUCAACACAUUCCAUGUGUACUAAUGGCUUUCUUAGAUCACAGGGGUCUGAGGCACUCUAGUGCAAAAGUACGGAGCAGAACUGCUUACCUGUUUUCUAGAUUUGUCAAAUCUCUGAAUAAACAAAUGAAUCCUUUCAUUGAGGAUAUUCUGAAUAGAAUACAAGAUUUAUUAGAACUUUCUCCACCUGAGAAUGGUUACCAGUCUUUGUUGAGCAGCGAUGAUCAAUUAUUUAUUUAUGAGACAGCUGGAGUGCUGAUUGUUAAUAGUGAGUACCCAGCAGAACGGAAGCAGGCAUUAAUGAGGAAUCUGUUAACUCCACUCAUGGAGAAGUUUAAAAUUCUGUUAGAAAAAUUGAUGCUGGCACAGGAUGAAGAAAGGCAGGCAUCUCUUGCAGACUGUCUCAACCACGCUGUUGGAUUUGCCAGUCGAACCAGCAAAGCUUUCAGCAACAAGCAGACUGUGAAACAGUGUGGCUGUUCCGAAGUUUAUCUGGACUGUUUACAGACGUUCUUGCCAGCCCUCAGUUGUCCCUUACAAAAGGAUAUUCUCAGAAGUGGGGUUCGCACGUUCCUUCAUCGCAUGAUUAUUUGCCUGGAGGAAGAAGUCCUUCCAUUCAUUCCAUCUGCUUCAGAACACAUGCUCAAAGAUUGUGAAGCAAAAGACCUCCAGGAAUUCAUUCCUCUUAUCAACCAGAUUACAGCCAAAUUUAAGAUACAGGUAUCCCCAUUUUUACAACAAAUGUUUAUGCCUCUUCUUCAUGCAAUUUUUGAAGUUUUGCUCCGACCAGCAGAAGAAAACGACCAGUCUGCUGCUUUAGAGAAGCAGAUGUUGCGCAGGAGUUACUUUGCUUUCCUGCAAACAGUCACAGGCAGUGGAAUGAGCGAAGUCAUAGCAAAUCAAGGUGCAGAGAAUGUAGAACGAGUGUUGGUAACUGUUAUUCAAGGAGCAGUCGAAUAUCCAGAUCCAAUUGCCCAGAAAACAUGUUUUAUCAUCCUUUCCAAGUUGGUAGAACUCUGGGGAGGUAAAGACGGACCAGUGGGAUUUGCUGAUUUUGUUUAUAAGCACAUUGUCCCCGCAUGUUUCUUAGCACCUUUAAAACAAACCUUUGACCUGGCAGAUGCACAAACAGUAUUGGCUUUAUCUGAGUGUGCAGUGACGCUGAAAACAAUUCAUCUCAAACGGGGCCCAGAAUGUGUUCAGUAUCUUCAACAAGAAUACCUGCCUUCCUUGCAAGUAGCUCCAGACAUAAUUCAGGAGUUUUGCCAAGCGCUUCAGCAGCCUGAUGCUAAAGUUUUUAAAAACUACUUAAAGGUGUUUUUCCAGAGAGCAAAGCCCUAAGGACUGGAUCUCCCUGUGCCUACUUCAUGAUCAGGAAUUCCAGUUAAUAAUUUAUAAAGAAACAAUUUUUGUGUGCCAUUCACACUGGUCUUUUUAACACUGCUUUGAGCUUAUUGCAGUAUAUGCAUUGGGAUUUUUCUGUAAAAUGGGUGUAAUUUUCCCUAAAUUACUGGUAUGUGACAACUAGAGAAGUUGCUUGCAUGCCAAUUCAAAUCAUUCUAUAUAAAAAUGCUGUUAUAAGAUACAGCAGAGUUAUCCUAGUACCCUUUUUUUUAACUUGAAAAUUUAAGUCCUUUAUAAAGACCAUAGCAGGAAAACAGUGUACUUUUUUUUUUAAUUGCUGAAUAUAAAAUGUUUGAAAAUUUUAAUUUUCUUUUAUGUGUGCAGACUCAGAGUAUAGGGGAAAUACAACAAAUCAAAACUAAUUUUUUGUAGAUAGCCAUUACAUUUCUUUAAACUGUUUCAAUGCCAAUGUGUAUUCUACAAAAGAGAAUGGUUUCAUAAAUUAACUGAUUGAAGAGUAGGUGCUGGUGUUAUACAUUUUUUAUAAAAAAGGAAAUAAAUUUUACGUAGU